AUGAAGUGGCCGGGUACAGGUGCUGAAGAAGAGGCGGGCGAAGCAGGUUUGCAAAAUGCCCGCGCUCCACAAACACGCAGUCAAGAUGAUGCUGGUGUACAUUACGUUUUUCAGCGAGAUCCACAAGAAGGAGAACUACCUACCUGUUCUUUAGCCCCUAAACAACGCUGGGCGGUUGGUGAUGAUACAAUGUCAGAGAAUCAAGACAAAUGGAAAAACCCAACACCUAUGUCCAUGAAUAACAUGCAUCAGCAGGGGGCUGUACAAUUGAAAGGCUCUCAAACAAAUCAACAAUAUAUUAAUCAAGCUAUAGCCUCAUCUGUGGGCACACUUGCUAUGAAUCCAUCAGUUAUUGGAAGUCACCCUGCUCACUUGGCUACUAGCAUGGUCCAUACACAACUAGCACCACUGCAAAACCAUACUAUAGGCAAUAACUUGACAAUCCAAAAUAGUGCAAUGAUGUUGCCACCAUUGCAAGGAAUACAGAAUGCACCACAGAUGGGACAGCAGGGCCUGUAUGAUUUACAUCCACAUCAUGCUAAUCCAAUGCAAGCCAUGAAUGGAAUAGGAAAGAAUGCUGAACAUUUAAUGUAUUUAAGCCAAGCAGGAAUGCUUGCCCCCGCUACAAAUCAGUUCUUGCAAGGGCAAAAUCAGCUUGGCUUGACACCUGUGGCUGCUAUCAGGAACCAGGUGAGUUUUAAACAUCUCUCUCGUUAA